GGCACGCGAGGAGAGACCCAAGGGAAUUGGAACUAUCGAGAGAGGCGGGGAGAGGCCGACGACGACAUCGACAUGAUCUCUUCUUUCUCCAGGACCGGUGCCUCCGAAGGCGCGAGGAGGAGGGGCAAAUGGAAGAAGGCCGACCCGCAGGCCGUGGCCACGGUCGCGGAGGAUCGGAUGGAUGCCUCGGAGGAGGAGGCGAUCGUGGAGGCCUUCCGAAAGGUCUUGAUCGAUCGGAAUCUGCUACCGCCUUGUCAUGACGACUACCACACCAUGUUGCGAUUUUUGAAGGCACGUGGGCUCAAUAUUGAGAAAGCGACCCGAAUGUGGUCGGAGAUGCUCCAGUGGAGGAAGGACUUCGGUGCUGAUACUAUCCUGCAAGACUUUGUGUAUGAUGAACUGGAAAAAGUUCUUCAGUAUUAUCCACAUGGUUUUCAUGGUGUGGACAAAGAUGGAAGACCUAUUUAUAUAGAAAGACUUGGGAAAGUCGACCCCAACAAACUUCUUAGUGUUACUACAGUUGAAAGAUUUGUGAGGUACCAUGUUCAGGGGAUAGAGAAGGUACUUACUGAGAAAUACCCAGCAUGCUCUGUUGCAGCCAAAAGACAUGUUGAUACUAUGACAACAGUUUUAGAUGCACAAGGAGUGAACUGGAUGAGUGUUGGCAAAUUAGCUCGUGAUGUUGUUCUUCGAAUCCAGAAAGUUGAUAGUGAUAAUUACCCUGAGAUAUUGCAUAAGCUGUUUAUUGUAAAUGCUGGAAGCGGUUGCAGAUUACUUUGGAACACUAUAAAAGGCAUAAUUGAUCCAAGGACAUCAGCUAAGAUAGUGGUAUUAGGAGAUACAUAUCAGAAUACUUUACUUGAAUCAAUUGAGAUGAGUCAACUUCCUGCUUUUCUUGGUGGCUCUUGCACUUGUUCUAAUGAGGGAGGAUGUCUUACAUCCAAUAAAGGACCAUGGAGUGAUCCCCAGAUAAUAAGUUCAGUUCAAUCUGAAAGGGCAAGCUCAAAGGUUGGAGGGAAUUUAUUGGGUGAAAAGAAAUUGAAUCGCCAGGUUGCAAUGUUCAAAAAAGGUACCAUUCAGGUGAAGUCAGAUACCAAAGAUGCAGUAUCUCCUAUUCAACCAAUUCCACAGCCUGACAUGCCGACAACUCCAGCAUAUGAAAAUAGUACUCAAAUCACGACAGAUGAAAACAUGCCUUCAAACAGCCCAACUAGUCAAACCAAACUUUGUGAUCAACUUGGAGGUGGUCUGGUUGAUGAUUCCACCCGAGGGAACUCAUUAUCCAAGUUGCUUAUGCUAGUGAUAGGUGCUGUCGGAAAGUUCAUCACGAAAGUGCUAGCUGUUUUAUAUUUAUUUUUUGGACUGAAAAAUGAUGCCAUCGAUCUGGUUAAAGUGAAGUCUUCAGAUCAUCAUGGACUUGAUCCGACAAACGCAAAUUCCAUGAACCACCUCGCCAGACAUGAUGUCACAGAAUCACCUGUCCUACCAUGCUUGGAGAGGCUGCAGAUGUUAGAAGAACUGGUAACUGAGUUAAACGAGAAACCUGAGAGGGUUCCUCAAGAAAAAGAUAACAUGAUUCUAGAUUCACUAAAUCACAUUCAGCCUAUAGAGCAUGACCUACAGAAGACAAAUAAUGUUGUGCAAGUGACCUCACAAAAGCAAGUUGAAAUGAAAGAUUCGUUGCAGAAUUUGAGAGGGGCUGCCUAACAAGCAGAAAUAACAGUCCGCUGAGUUAUAUUGUUCAGUAUCUAGCUAACACAUUCAUCUUCUUAAAUGGACAAUCUCAAGUUACUCCAUUUCAGCAAUGAUGGCUCCUUGCGACCUCAGUUUUUAUAUGACCAAAUUGCAACUACAACCUCCUCUGCCCAAAAAGAGAAACACCUGUAUCAUGUACUUUGAGCACUAGGCUACCAACCCAAAAAAAUAGUUCGAAUGCCGUGGCUUCUUCUUGUUGUUAUUGUCAUGGCUUCCUGUUGUUGGUGUUGGUGUUGGUGUACUUGGCUGACCGAUUCUAUGUUCACGACAAUUUAUUGAUCUAUUGCACUGCAAGUCGUGUUUGGUUUUAGGACUGGAAAAUUAUUGCUGGAUGAUCUUCAGAAGAUUUGUUCUGACCAUUGCUAUACUUGUGCAGAUUGUUAAGCUCGAGUUAUUCUCUAUUUUGAAUAUUGGAUUCUAAAUUUCUGUGUCAUCUGAAGUGUUUAAAGCUCUUCCCGGAAGAGUUUAAAGUUUAGGUGGUUAGCAAAACAAUCUUCAGCUAUCCAUGGCAUCAGAUUAUGUCAUUUACUAUUGAACAUGUAUUACCUGUAGCUUGUAUAACACAGUGUGUGGA